UAUAAAUAAAAAUAGAUUAAAUGUUAUCAAAGUGUUUUAAAACAUUAAUGUUGAAAAAUAAAAGUUUCCUUCGUCAGUGAUAACCGAUCUUUCAUCAAGCAAACGUUAUGACGUAGAAAUGGAGGCAAUUAAAUUGUUCGGGGAACCUCUUAGUUCUGUCAUACUGCGGUUAAGACGAACGCCGGAAUAUCUCGCAAUUCUUAAUGAUCAGAUGGAUAAUUUAAAAAUGGAAAGAGAUGAAUUUGCUGAUCAUUUGUUGGAGACGUUUCGUAAAGAUUUAAUUUCUAAGAUAGAGAAAAUGUACCACGUUAACAACAGCGGUACACUCCACCCUGAGAUAUUGAGGAAAGCAAACACAUUGAGAAGCGGACGACCAAGUGGCUUUAAAAGACUUCGGUUCCUGCGACAAAAUGAGGCCGAGGAGAACUUCGAUAAGUAUUUGGAGAGCGUCGUCGCGGCGUUGGACAACCAUCCGAUACUUCACAGCCCGCUUUCAGUCGCUGAACGUAACGAUUUCAAGGACAUGGGCUUCGAAUUAGCAGGAGAGUAUAUCCAUAGUUUGAUCGACAGUUUAAAACCAAGUGACCUUCCUUUGCCCUCUACAAUGCAGCCGUGGGGAGAUAACGACAGUAUUAAUCUAACAUCCCUGCAUGAUCAUGCUGUAACAAGUCCGUCCCCUGUAACAAUAUAUGUGAACGAGCAGAACAUAUCAGAUAUCGAUCCUAACCUCACAGUACCGCCUAAAUACUACAAACAACGUAUGAAACUGUUCCAUAAACAAUAAACUCAUAAACAAGAAUUGUUUUUUUAA